AACUGGUCAACGACCAGUCAAGACGGUGUUGAAUGCGGUAUUACAGGUUAUGAUUCUCUGUAUUUUUCCGUGAUUGUUGUUUUCGAACGUAUUUUCCAAUAAACAGAUAUAAUCAGAGUUUCGUAUAUGUAUAUUGUGACGUGAUUGCACGGAAAAUAAACUUUCAAUCAAAUUUUUCUUUAAAAAGCGCUGAAAUUCUUCGGAUGUCAAUGACAGAUGGUAAACUUUUCCCUUGAGUGUUACAAGAGGUUAUCCAAAUUAAUUGCGAAUAAUCUAUUAUCGUAUCAAUUCGGCAUCAUGGCAGACCGCCUGACACAAUUGCAAGACACUAUAAACCAGCAAGCGGAGCACUUUUGCAACAGUGUCGGUAUCCUACAGCAGUAUUCUACGCCCAGUAAAUUUCCUGGUUUCGAUCGCAUCGGCACCCCGCAGCCACAUCAAUCUCAAGAAGAUUAUGCCGCCUUAUUUGCAAAUCUCAUUGCAAGGUGCGCCAAAGAUAUAGACACGCUAAUUGAGAGUUUGCCGAGCGAAGAGUCGUCGCAGGAGCUGCAGGUAGACAGUCUCCGCAGACUCGAGCAGGAGAAUCAACAGGCUGGCGAACAGCUGGAGGAGGUGGUGAGGCAAGGUGAGGCGCUUCUUCAGCGAAUCCAAGCGGCUCUGCAGGAUAUCGCGCAAAGCCAAUUGGAUAUGCAGAAUCCCACGUCGACGACUGUAAUCAACAUGAAUCUUAGCACUACCAAUAUAAAUAUAAAACAAGAGAGCCUCAGUUCUAUAAAUACCGUGCCUUCAAGUAAUACACAUCAACUGUCAAAUCCUUCACCCAAUUCAAUAAAUCAAUGACAUAUUUAUGAUUUAUUGUAAGGCUGUUAUAUUUAUUGUUUGCUAGGAACUUGUAAAGCAGUUUCGACCAGUCUGUAAAAUUGAUACGUCAAGUACGAAGGAUAACUAUUAUUACAACUACCUAAUUGUAUAACAUUUUAUUAAAAGUAUUGAGACAAUAAUGGAACAUUAAUUUGCAAUGUCAGUAUUUUUUAGUAUAAGUAUUAUAAUAGUAUAAGUAUAAUUAAUAUAAGUAUUAGUAGUAUAAUUACUUGUAUUUGUAUCAAAAGUAUAAAUUUGAUAAUAUAAAAUUAUUUACGUGUAUUAAAAUUGAAGUUCAGAAACGAUUUCUCAAUCACUGAAAAGAAAAAUAUUUUUGUUAUCGAGAUCUGUAUAUGAAAAAGCUAAAAUUUAUUA